CGGUGGUCAGUGAAAAGAACCUCCAGGUAACUCCGCCGCAUAAAAUCGGUGACUAUUUUCACAGUCCCAGACCCGAAGCUUCUGUAGUGUUGUGUUUUUGCAUAUUUUUCCUCUUCCGACAGACACACCGUACGCUAUUACGUGAAUCUCUUUGGUUCCGAAGGGACGCAGAUAUGCCACAACCACGAGAGCUUCCUGGGUUUUACUAUGACCCAGAGAAGAACAGGUAUUUCCCCAUCAAAGGCCCCAUUCCCGGUUCUUCUUCUUCUUCUAAGACCAAGACCAAUACCAGUACUCUAAAGUCACCCGAAACCUCUUCGACGAAGUUACAGGAAAAGAGUUUGAACUCUUUUAGGAAGCUUAGAAACAAAACGUCUAAGCUGCUUCAAGCUAGGGAGUUAGAGAAGUGCAAUUUCACUGAGGAAUUCCUGAAAAUACAAGCAUCUCAACCUGCUGUGUGGAAAUAUCAGGGAACAGAUAGGAUAGGUAUUACUGCUUUGGAACACAUACACGUUGAUGUGCAGACAUUAGAGGGUCGAUCUGAAACUGAUGUUUUAUUGACGGGCAGCACUAGUCGCUCGCUUAGUUUUUCUGAAGUUGGAAGGGUUGGGCAAUAUUUUGAUGGCGGGGUAAAAUGGAUGCCAAAUUGUGUGAGGAAUUAUGUUAAAGGGAAAACAGAUGAGCAUAAUGAGGUGCCUGGGCCGGUUUUCAGACCGAAUGGAGCUUCACUGUUUAUGUCCUCCAGAAUAUCUUGUAUAAGAUUGGGUCCAAAGUGCUCUUCUCAUGCUGCGAAUGAUGAUCCUAUUGUUGGACAUGUAUUAUUUACUACUUUGGGAUCAGAGAUAUCAGGUGGAUCAGUCUAUACUCUUGGUCUUGUUGAACCAUUAGAUCUUGAAUCAGGUAUACUGAGCACAUGGAGCAGACUAGAGGAAAUUGCUUCUUUCAAGUGUACCCUUUGGACAGCAGAAUAUGAUUAUAAUAGACAUCGGGCUAUACUUGGUACAAAUCAGGGAGGUGCGUUAGUGGAUCUGGAAACUGGGAUGACAUCAUGCUUUUUACGUAGUAAAAGUGAUGUUUUUGCACAACAGAUUGUUAAUUCAGGAAAUGUGGUUUUAUGUGGACUCAGAAAUGGGGCAAUUGUCACGGUAGACAUUCGUGAGAAAAGAGAAAGGCUUUCUGGUAGACUUAUUUCACAUCGUAUAUCUUCUAUAUCUUCAGAUAAGAAAGUUGGAAGUUCUAACAAAGAAUGGUUCAAGCUCUCUGGAGACAUAUAUCCUUCUCAGACCGUUAGAAUGCCUUCAUCUAUAUCCUGUAUGGUGUCACUUCAGUUUGAUGAUCAGUACUUCUUGGCUAGCUCCAUGGAUGGAUCGAUGAGGCUCUACGACCGUCGCCUACUCCAGAGGGGUGCUGUUCAAUCUUAUGAAGGACAUGUGAAUUCCCAUACUCGUAUACAGCUUGAUGUUGAUCCAUCCGAGAGAUUUGUUAUGUCAGGUGGAGAGGAUUGCAAGCUACGGUUAUGGAGUAUCAAGUCUGGCGAACUGCUUUUUGAGGACAAGUUCUCUGAUACAGUUCUCUCCACUGUGUGCUAUCAAACACACAAAAAUAGUUUUAAAGCAGAGGAGGAAAACCAAUACAAGCAUGAUUUUUCUCUGGGUGCAUGGCUUGGAUCAGAUGAAGGACUAUUUUAUAUGCACUGGUUAUGAGUUUUAAGGGUCUUUCUGAACUACCAUGUUUGACUUAGCAUGAGGUGACCAAAUAGCUUGUAUAUAUACUGAUAUGGUGUAGUUCCUUAUUAAAGGCUUUUAUGGGAUUAGAGUUAGCAUUUUGAUACAAGCAAAUGGCAUAGGUGACCAGUUACCAUUCUAGAAAUAGUGGUAUUAAAUAUAUAUACACACACAAGGAAAACGAGGGGGGAGAAAAAACAAAGCAUUUUGUGGUUAUGGCUUUUUUGCACCAAAGUUUCUAUGUUGACCAUCUUGUGUGUGCUCUCUGAGAAACAUCAUGUACUGGCCAGCCGUAGUUGUGCUGUUAAUUGGCUGUGGUUAU